AUGCAGUAUAAACUUUACCCCCAAUGCAUUGAUCCCAACCUUCUCAACGUCAAUGAACACAUAGACUCUGCACACCUCGCUUCCAACUGCUCUGCGUCAUUUGAUGAUGUAGAUAUUGCAACUGGCCAGGCGGUCUUUGACGACGGAGAUGUUCAUCCUAAAGUGGGCUCGUGGAUCAAUUCACGUCACUCUCAUGAAUUGGCUGGAGAUCCAGAAGAUGUUUGGGAGGAUUUUGACUACAACUCAACCCAAGCACAUAGCGCACCUGCAAGGGAAUGGGACAUUGGAAGGUUUGGAAGGUUUGAUUCCGGUGCUGUUCUGCAGUACGAAGGCUCCUUUCCAGUAAGGGGAAAUGAGCCUUGGAGUCACCUACAAACGUUCGCUCUGUCGGCCCCUGGGCGUGAUCAUCAAAGCUCACAGGAGUUUCAGAUCGAGGCUAUCUCCCAAUGGCCGUCGACCUUGCAAGGUAGUGAUAUGCUCCAUCCAUCAACGACCGAGUCUCGUCAUCAGCGUCAAGCCUCCGCCAAGCAUAAGAGGAUGCCGGAGAGUCCAUACUCCGCCGAGGGUUAUUCCACCCAACAACCACGCCUUCGCAGUCAAGCUAGGAGCGCUCGCAGUCUACAUGUGGCGAACUUCGGCACGUUCGGACACAAAACGUCACAUGCAGGCGAGCAACAGGUGGCGGGCAGCUCCACUAGCUCAAGCUCUUCUCGACCCGCAACGAGCGGCCUGCAAAUGGAGAGCAAUUCUGCGCAAUUCUUUGACACCCGUUCAGCCUAUCCGCUCCACCAUCCGAAUUCGAACCAAGUGAAGGAAAGCAGUACCGGGCUGCGUCAAAGCCUUGAGGUCGAUGUUUCUCUCAAUCCGGGCCUGAUUGAUGAGAUCGGGCGUAAUUCGCUGCCUACCAGUCACGAUGACCUGACACCACAAGAGUUUUCAUGGCGACAGAAUGAUCCACUUCUUUUCGGGCACCCACUCAGUACCUCGGGCGACACAGCCUAUGGAUCCUAUGAUCUUGGUGGUACCGCCCACGAUCACGUUUGGUCUUCGGACUUUAUACAAGACCCAGCAUUCGGAUUUACAAGCCAUCAGAGUUACGACGAUAGCAAAAUACUAGAUCACCCAGGUGCUAUCAAGAUCGAGGGAUCCAGCGGACACUACAAGUCGGGUCUCCCAUCAUCCUUUCCAUCCUCUGCAGACUUUUUUCCGGAUUAUAUGCCCAUGAUGCAGAAACCCAGGGCGUACCGAGCAAUUCCUUCAACUUCUCAGCCCACCGUCCUUUCAUCCAGUCCGCCCAAUCCCGCAUUCCCAAAGAAUACCAACAAACCUACAUCUGCCAGGGGUUCUAGGUCGGGUUCUCUGUCGAUCAUUCGCGAGUAUGGGCAUUCUCGACAUGGAAGCCCAAUCCUUUCCCGGAACGCUUCAGGAAAAGGCAAGAGAAAAGGACCACUCCCCACGGCGACUGCCUUAGCUGCUGCCCAGAAACGCAAAGAUGGCAGUGUUUGCAUCCGGUGCCGAACAAUGAAGAUGACGUGCAAAGGGGGCCUUCCUUGCGAAGGGUGUCGUCAGAUUACCAAAGUCAAGCUGUGGGACCAGUCCUGUACCCCUGCAAACUUCACCGACAUGGUCAGAGAGGACACGUGCAACGCAGUUUUCCAAUACUCUAUCAGCCACCUGGCUCUUGAUGGAACUCGGCGACUGAUAGUGGCAGUCCCAACGGUUUUCAACGUGUCUGGACUCCUCGAUCGUCUUGAGUCCUGCCAAAUGCGAUAUGAUAUCCGAGUCCGACACUCGUCAGGUUCUUUUUACACAUUGGACUCAUCCAACUGCUUUGAACUCCUGACGAAGAUGCACAAGUCAUGUGGAUCGGAGACUUGCGAGCUCCACGAGUUCGUGAAGAAUAAGCAGUUGAGAUCAGCAUGGUUGCAAUGCGUCCGAGAAGACGAUCUAGCGGCCAGCGUCGUGGAUCAAUCAAUCCAGUGGAACAAUAUGCCAAGCCGGAAUGGCUACGAGAUUUCGCCGCACAACACAUCUGUGCUCGGACAUGCUUUGGACGUUGAGGAUCAGCAGGAUCGAAGCACGAUCAUCUUCGCCGUGCAACUUUCUCGCAUCAUUCUACGAGCACUAGAAAUUGAAGCCUUCGAGGCGUUGCAGAAAUCAGUCAAUGAGCUCACAAAAGGCGGCAAGUCUGAUGCAGAUAUCGAAACUUUGGCCGGCCAGCUUGGCCAAAUUCUGAUGAGCCUGCGCUGGCGCAUCUCAUGGUGGGCGGUCGUUGGUGACAGCCCAGACGAACGUUUCACUUCCAGGGUUACAAAAAUCGCCCAAAUACUAUACUGCUACUACUUUGUUGCUAGAAAGAAAAUGUCGCCCUGGGGUAGUCAGCUUCCGAGCAAGAUUCGAUCUGUGUACGCGGACGUCGAGCCUAUCUAUGAGGAACUUCCUCUGGUUGACUCGCUUGAUGGCUUCCAUGCUUGGAUGCAGAAGGGCCAAACAAUCGUACAGGUAGCAAAAGUCCAACAAAACAUCGCUCGCUCGUUGCCUGCCGCUCCUAUGAACCUACACUUCUAG